UCCAAAACAAUCACACGUGAAAUUUUAACAGUAAAUAAAUAUAGUUUUUAAAAGAAAUUUUAGGCGGAUUAUGUCCUCGCUAAGUGAAUCCUCGUCAGCCUCUGAGCACGAGGCCAGCAGUGACGAUGAAACUCAGAAUGCCAUUCGCGAAGACCUUAAAGGAAUGUCUUUCGAGGAAAUCAUGAAACUCAAAGAAGAACUAGGCGCCAAGGUUUACAAGGAGGCCGUUCUUGGAGGCAAACGUUCCAGACCCCAAAAACCCAAAGGCAAAACGGAACUAAAGCGGCUAAACAAAAACCGACCGCGUGAAAUGAGCACCAAACGACAAGUUCCAUUUCUAGGAGCGGAGCACCGAGUGGAGCGCAAAAAAACCGUAGAGCUGCGAGAUCCAAGAUUCGAUGAGAAAUCCGGAACAUAUAAUGCGGAAACUUUCAAGAAAAACUAUCAGUUUGUCUCCCAAAUUCGUUCAAAGGAAGUUGGUCAACUGAAGAAAAAAUUGGACGAGGUGGAGGAUGAUGACGAAAAGCACAAAAUAAAGUUCACCAUGCAGCGGCUGAUUAACAAAAAUGUCGAGGACAAAAAAUGGCACACCAAACAAAAGAAACUUAAAAAAGAACGGGUAGGCAUCCAGAAGAAACACAAUCUAGGACAACAGCCUCACUAUCUUACAAAAAAGGAGCGUCGUGCUAAGGAACUGGUGGCUCAAUUUGAAGAGUUGAAAAAUUCCGGAAAACUUAACAAACAUCUGGAAAAGCGACGCAAGAAAAAUGCCGCCAAGGACCGAAAACGCAUUGGUAUAGAAUAAGACUUUCACUUUAAGGAUAAAUGUAUUUUUAACAAUUAAAAGCGCUGUGUACACUAGCAAA